GCGCAUGCGCAGUCAGCAUUCCGUGUUAAGACUAUAACGUUUGGUUUGUCGAGUUUUGUCGGGUUCUUUAAAGUUCCUCGUAAUUCUGCCUCGCGUUAUCCUGAUGCGUGUUCCUGGAGUUUUAAUUUAAUAAGUGAACCUUUGGGAGCUGAUGCAUACGAAACGGAUUUUAAGAUGAACUUUGUUGUGCCGGUGAAAAGUUCCAGCUCUCUCGGUAAAUAAAGGUUUCUGAUCCUGUGAUUAUGGUCCAUGAUCCAAAUUAUUGAAGCGGUCGUCAAAAGCAGGAACUUUUCUGUCACCCUCAUCUUAGCAGAUAUCGUAUCAGAGAUCAUAGCAAAUAAAUUGAGUAAUGAUCAGUCCAUCAUUUCUUCUUACAAUCCCUGAUCCUAUUUAAUGCCUUCAAGCUCAUUGGACCUGUUACCUCUUUUUCCCUGUGCAUCAAGGAACAUGGACGGUUUCUUAUCUGCACCGUGACCUUUAAUUUUCUUGUCAUUUGCGCUGGAAUGGAGAAGCGGACAGACGUCAGCGACGAUAAGGUGGCAUCAUCAUCAUCAUCAUUCGAAGACGAGGUUCUAGAAAGCUCCGAUCGAGCGGAGAACCAUUCGAAACUGGAGGACCCGGAGUCCUUUAACUCAUUAGAGCCUCCUCCUCUGGACUGGAGGUCUGACACUUCCAGUGAAGCGUGUUCACUUCGAGAUAUCGAAGAACCUGGAUCUUUCUCCAUGGACACACCAUCAGAGGAAUUAAGUGACUAUAGUGCUCACAAUACGAGCUGUACACCAACAGAAGCUGAGGAUUUCUCAAAUAAGGAAGCUGGACAUUGUGCAAAUAGUAAGCAGAGAAUGACUGAAUCGAACGUUCCUGAAACACCGGAGAAAGAUUUUGAGAAAAAUUCAACGGAGAGUCGUCAACAACAUGAUCUAGACCACGCUCACAUUCAGGAUUUGCUUAAUCAGCUUCAACUCUUUCACCCAUCACUGCCUUGUAAAGAACCAGAACCAGAAAAGUCAACCUUCAGUGCUGACCCUUCAACCCAGACCCUGUCCUCGUCAUGCUCUGAGCCUGAGGUUAGCGCUUAUCCAACAUGCUCAGAGGGAAGCUCAGUAUCCGGCCUUCUCUUCACCAUGAGCCAACAGAGGGAGCUUUUAGAACUGCUGGAAGACCCAGAACCUCAAGAAGAAUUUCAGGAAUCUCAGGAAGAUCACUCUGUUUCUACAGAACAGGCUAGUGAGAGCAACAUCGCACAGCUGCCUGAAUGCCAGACAAGGUACAUCACAAGACGUGGGGAGGCAGAUGAAAUGGUUUCCGUGUCGUAUGGCACAGACGUCUGGCACAGCCCAUUUGAGGAUGAGUUUAUGAUGUCAGGUUACUCGGAGAACGAAGGCAUGGAACAGUGGCAGCAGUCUAGAUGCAUGAUCUCGGAUGAGUCGGCCUCUCCUGGAGCUGAUGUGGACGCUGAGGCUGAAGCUCAGGCUUCAUAUAAAUCUGUAGUGCCUGGUCCUUGUGAUACCGAGGAUCUGCUGGAUGGGAUCAUAUUUGGAGCUAAAUACCUUGGUUCCACACAGCUCCAAACAGAUAAGAAUCCUUCAACUAACGCUCGAAUGGCUCAGGCACAAGAGGCUGUAGAUCGCAUCAAGGCACCUGAAGGAGAAUCUCAGCCAAUGACGGAGGUGGACCUCUUUAUCUCCACUCAGAGAAUCAAAGUGUUGAGUGCAGACACUCAGGAAGCUAUGAUGGACCAUCCUCUGCAGAUGAUCUCGUAUAUCGCUGACAUUGGAAGCCUUGUGGUGCUGAUGGUGCGAAGGAAGCCAGCAGAUCAUAAAAGUGAAAAUUCAGCUGCUUGGUCCUCAUCGCCCCCUAAGAAAUGCUGGAUGAUUUGCCAUGUGUUCUCCUCUGAUGAUGCACAGAUUAUAGCUCAGGCCAUUGGUCAGGCAUUUGGCGUGGCAUAUCAGCAAUUCCUGCAAGCAAAUGGAAUAAAAGCCGGUGACUUCCAACCGGGAGAGUUCUGCCUCAGCUCACAGGAACUCUAUAACGGAGAUCUGGUGCACUUUUCACAGUCUGAAAAUAUCAGAGAGGUUUGCAUAAUAAAGAAGGUUGGGGACAUCCUGGGGAUCGCUGUAGUAGAAUCUGGCUGGGGCUCCAUUCUGCCCACGGUGGUGGUGGCCAACCUGCUGCACGGAGGCGUAGCCGAGCGCUCGGGGGAACUGAGCAUCGGAGAUCGCAUCAUGUCUGUGAACGGGGCCAGCCUGGUGGGCCUUCCCAUCACCACAUGCCACAACAUCAUCCGAGACUUGAAAAACCAAUCCCAGGUGAAGCUCAGCAUAGUCCACUGUCCACCGGUCACCAUGGCCAUCAUUAAGCGACCUGAUCCAAAAUACCAGCUGGGCUUCAGUGUAGAGGACGGAAUUAUUUGCAGUUUGAUGCGUGGAGGCAUUGCAGAGAGGGGCGGCAUUCGGGUCGGUCAUCGCAUUAUUGAAAUCAAUGGGCAGAGCGUUGUAGCCACGCCACACGAAAAAAUCAUCCACAUCCUCACAAAUGCAGUAGGAGAGAUUCAUUUGAAGACAAUGCCAACAUCCACAUAUCGUCUCCUAACCGGACAAGAGCAGCCUCUGUUCCUGUGAAAAAGAGGAAACCUUUACCAUCAAAUGCAGUUCUUCAUACUGCCAAGCAAUGACUCUUUGGUAUUAACUGUCACUCAGUGCACUUCACUUCAUAUCCUGCGAAUCACUGCUGAAAAACAUGGAGCACUAUUUUUCCAAUUAAAGCCAAGCAGGAAUUUCAGCUCUUCUUCAAGAAGCAGAAGAAACUUUUAUGAAUUGCACUGCAUGCACAUUUCUAUUCCACUGUGCCUUUUUUGAUAUGUUCGUGUGAAUGUGUUCCAGCAAAAUUGUUCAUACGGUAUAUUUGAGUAACUUGGCAUUUUCAAGCUGGUCAUGAGCAUCCCCUUUGGGUUGUAGGCUUGCAUGCUGUGUUCUGCCUGCAACUUGUCUGCUUUUAGCAAUAGGAUAUAUACAUUAUAUAUAUUUUUAAGGUGCUGUAUUAGAUUAAAAAUAUGUCUUGUGAAUCUUGUGCUUUUUAUGAGAUUAUUUUUUUAAUGAAAUAGUAAUGAUCAUAUGAGUCAUUUUUAUCAUAUGCAAAAAAUAUUGCAGGUGGCUCGCUACCUCAACUUGUAGCUCAUGCAUCAUUUGUAAGACUACAUAUACGUCUCACUAAUCCCUGCUAUUUAAAGUUUUCAGCUAAAGUGUUUACUAUAACUGAGCGGCCAUAUAGGUUAACGGGUGUCUGCUUUCAAACAUCCUCUUGUCGGUGAUCUUGUUUGUGACGCCUAUAUUAA